AGUUUCUUUCUCCAAUUCGAACAUUUCUAGCUCAUCUAAUUUUCUUUACUAAAAAUGUCAACUAAAAUUGAUAUUCCUGCUGAAUCAAGUGCUGCUGCUAAGGGUAAAGCACCUCUAAUAGGAAUGGUUUCUUCUUCUUCUUCUACCAAUGAAAAAGGAGGAUUCAAGAAGGGCAUUGCCAUACUUGACUUUCUUCUGAGGAUAGGUGCUAUAGUUACUGCUCUUUCUGCAGCAGGCACCAUGGGAGCCAGUGGUGAAACUCUUCCUUUCUUCACUCAGUUUUUCCAAUUCGAAGCUGGCUAUGAUGAUCUUCCUGCUCUUCAGUUUUUCGUGGUUGCAAUGGCAGUGGUGGGAGGGUAUUUAGUGCUUUCCCUUCCCUUCUCUAUUGUAACAAUUAUCCGCCCACACGCAGUUGGACCAAGGCUCCUCCUCCUCAUUUUCGACACUGUGGCGCUUACUCUAAAUACCUCGGCUGCUGCCGCGGCUACAGCCAUAGUCUACUUGGCUCACAAUGGCAACGAAGACGCGAACUGGCUUGCUAUCUGCGUACAAUUUGGUGAUUUUUGCCAGCAAAUUAGUGGGGCUGUGAUAGCUGCCUUUGUUUCAGCUGUUGUGUUGGUGGUGUUGGUUAUAAUUUCUGGUGUGGCUCUUCGAAGGCAGAAUUAAUUAUGCUUUGGUUUCUUUAUGUUUGCUUUAUUUGGUAUUUGUGGCAAUUGAGAUGUUUGAUUAUGAUCUUGUAAUUUUAUUUUAGUGGGAGAAAUUGAAAAAUGAAAAUCAUUGUGCUUUUCUGUCA